AUGGCGAAUUUUGAGAAUCUCCCAGACGAGAUUCUGCUCGCCAUCGUGGGACAGGUACGCCACGACUCGCUCCCAGCCGUUGCCAGGCUAUCCAAACAGUUCAAUCGCUGCGCAAACGCCAUGAUCUACCGUUUUGUUCAUUUUUCAGAGCCCCCAAAGUCUCGAGAACACAAGGAGCUGCAAUUCCCGGACUGGACAAGCAAACAUCGCCAACCCCUUCCCGCCUUUGAUAAUUGCCCUCGCGGAGACUCAAGGAUCUACCAGAUCUCGCUUUUCCUCCGCACUGUCUUAGAAUCACAAGCUCUCCGGUUAAGCAUCAGGGCCGCAAGCUUCAAAUGGCGCACUCGGGACAUUGAAGACAAGAAUCCGGCGUGGAAGCAUAAAGUUUCGAUCUUGAAGUGGCCCAAGGCGUUGAAGACUUUUCACUUCUACAUCCCUUUUGAAUAUAGUUCAUUCCCGUAUCUAAUAGCGCCGCUGUCGGCGGGAGGUUUCGUCAAAAUCCUGAGACCUCAACGUAAAACACUAGAGGAACUAUACCUCAAUAGUGGUGCUGCUAGCGGUCGUGCUAGUCGAAAGGCUAUAAAGCUAAGGGUAUAUCCUAAGUUCAAACGUGUUGGACUUGCUUUGGAAGUACUGUUCAUAUCGAGAUAUCGCGAAGCACUUCGUCGUAUCCAUUUCGGAGGCAAUGAGCACCCUACGAUAUCCGAACUUCUUCCCGCCGGUCUGGAAGAGUUGCAACUCGAGCUCUACAAUGGGUGCCCGUUUGCCUCGUUUUUCGAGGACACUCCACCGGAAAAACUAAAUCUUAGAGGCGGCGAACUUAGCGAUUGGCUCUGCGAGAUUGUGCGAAAUAAAAAAUCGCACUACCCGGCGUUGCGAUAUAUCGUACUCUGGCAAGAGGUUAGGGACGGUAGAGACCAGUUCGACCCCCACAAGGAGCCUGGCUGCGCCAAAGUCGUGGCAGCUUCUGAGGCCGCCCAGGUCCAGAUAUCUUGGGUGGCUAGUCGAAAGGCUCCGUUGUUUUCAAGUUCGCCUAAGUGCAAUCUCGCCUUUCUCGUUCCCUUACAGACACACGACAUCACCUCCUCGAUGUCUAGAAACAAUCCAGCUGAGCCCCAUCAUCUGUAUAGUAUGGGGCCGCCAGAGUUCUUCAGCACUGAGCACUGCGGGCUAUGCCGUUUGAGAUUUCCAGUUGCCAGGCUCCGAGGCCUUGAUUCUUGGCAGUCUGAUUUCCGCGCCGAAAUCUGCUUUUAUCCAGAUAAUCAAACUAACAUGGGGAUCACACACCCUGCCACCCUCGGGGAUGUUCUUGAAGAGAUCGACGUUGCUGUAAGUGGGCAUCGGCGAAUCCCCAUGGUCACCAUCUUGCGCCAGACACUCAACCGUCAAAACAGUCGACUUGACCAAACCGCUUUCUGUUUCCACGACUGGUGCUACUCAAUCCUUAUGUGGAAAGUCAGUGAUUUAACCAAAUUGGAACUCUACAGGCUCAUUAGAGCCCUCACGUUGGGCGCUUCCAUAUGCGGGGAUAUAUAUCAAGAUCAUGGCCAACUCGACCCUCCAUCCUCUAUGUUGAAGCUACCAAUAGAACGAAGAUUCUGUAUCUGGGAAUAUGUGGGUCUCCAGACAGCCUACAGCGCUUUUGUGCUUGUGGCGGGCGAAACCACACGCCUUGCUCGCUCUCUUAAUUGCUUCAACGAUCGCAAGAUACUAUCGAUGCAAGAGCCACAUUUAUCUAUCAAGAAGAUCUCAGUUUUUGGUAUUGAAUAUAUUCAAGAGUUAUACAACAUGGAGGCUUCCAAAAGUGAAGAUAAGAUUUCUGGGUCCGUGACAGGGCUAAUCUUUGCUGAAAGUCUCGGUGGUAUCUGCGCAAUAAAAGUACUCGGCAUUGGUUGGAACACUGGUUGGCAUGGCAAGGUUCCAGAUAGGGGCCACGUCUGGUUUGGAUUUAUAAAAGGGACGGUAUCCCGGCUUCUUUGGAACUACAGUGGUUUACACUGCACGAGCAUAUCCGACCCAGGGUCUUUUUCAGCAGAUCAGACAUUGUGGGAUCAUCCCAGUCCUCCUUCAGUUAAUCCAGAUGCGGCGAUCUUUGAUUUUGAGCGAGAUAUAAUCGGCUCUAUCCGCCCGGAUAAGGCGCCUCGAAAGCGAUUCUAUAGGUACCUACCCUUAUUACAAGGCAAUGAAUAUGUUAGUGGUCUCACAAUUUACCUCACUGGCAACGGUAUCCUUGGCUUAGAAGCUCACUUCACCAAAACGUCACAUCUGUCGGGCUGUCGGAAGGGCUGCGCCAUACACUUUUCUCUCCACCCAAGGGAACGAAUCGUAUACGCCUGGCUUCGUACCCUCGAUUUACCUAGUCCAGCACUCGCAAUACCCACAUUAAGAAUUCAAACAACGUUCGGAAGGGCUGGCUCGUUUGGGUCACAUAUUUUACCGCAGCAGGUUAUGACGGAUAAGUAUAAGUGGAUCCUCCUAAAAAGCAAGGGGUGCAUUUCGGGGUUUUAUUAUGAGGCUCCAAUAUCUCCGGUAAUCACGAGGCUCGCCGUCACUUCGGAUGCGACAUCCCAGGUAGACCCGCCUCUAACGCCACAGUAUGCUACCUGGGGCAUUCCUUCCCCCACAAUUGCUGCGCGGAAUUCCUGUCAGUCGCAGUCUUGA